CUAAGCUUUCAACACCAAACUGACAUGUGGCCAAACUUGCAUCCAAUGGCCUACAAUAAACUUACAUCCAAGUGCCGUCGGCAAAUUCCAACUCCACCACACUCUCUCUCUUUUUUCCUCCAUUUUCGAAGAGAUCGUGAUCGCGCUUUCCACCUUAUCGACGAGGCGAAGAAGCGUCUGCAAAGAGCGGGGUACGAGCAGGUUUUGGAGAGAGAGGAUUGGAAAUUGGAGGCUGGUAAAAAGUACUACUUCACCAGGAACUACUCCACCAUUGUGGCUUUUGCAAUUGGUAAAAAAUUUGUUGCCGGAAAUGGAUUCCACAUAGUUGGUGCUCAUACUGAUAGUCCUUGUCUCAAAUUGAAGCCUGUUUCCAAGGUAGCUAAGGGUAGGUACUUGGAAGUGGGAGUCCAAACAUAUGGAGAUGGCUUGUGGCAUACCUGGUUCGACCGUGACUUGACAAUUGCAGGAAGGGUGAUAGUAAGAGAAGAGAAAGAUGGUGUUGUUUCUUACUCUGGCAAUUCACCUGGACAGGGAUGUUAGAGAGGCGUUUAAGGUGAAUGCACAGUCACCUUCUUCCUGUCUUGGCAACAGCAGUCAAGGUAAUCUUGUAAUAUAUUCAAUAUAUCGUUAGCAUCCACCAUCACUUCUAAGAAUAAUUGAUUUACUUAUAGUUCAAUUGUUAUGACUUAUUAGUAGUAAAUGACAUAAUUUGUAUUGAUGAUAAAACAGACAAAGUUUGUCUUUGAAUGCUUGGGUUCAAGUACUACCAUGUCAUUGUUUUUCGGUCCGACUAUAUUACCAUGUCAUUAUGUCUUAUUUUUUGUAAGAGGAGAGGGCUAUGUUGAUUUUGCAAACCUUAAGAGGCUAGGCUGCUGAAGGCUUAUGGAGAGCUUCCAGGGAACACGUCUUAACGACGAUAUUACUGGGGGUCUUGAAGAUAAAAAUGAAGGUGGUGCUAAUGACUGCAUCGAGUUUGAGGAUGAAGAUAUUGACAAGAUUUAAAGUUUGCAGCUAGUACUUUUAUGGUUUUGUAUUUCCAGAUGGGCAAUUGGUCAUGUUCCCUGUAACAACUGUAUAUAUAUGCUUGUCUUCUCUUAUUAAUGUUCUAUCUGUUUCAUUUUUUAUGUUCUGUUUUGU